CCGUUUCGUACGCACUUCCAUUGCCCUCGCGCAACACACGCACCGCUCGUGUGUGCAGGCCCAAUACCACCACCAUCACCACCACCACCACGACCGCGGUUGUAGUAGUAGUAGUAGUAGUAGUAGUAGUGACGACGACCGCCGUCGCGUUACAGUACUACAGUCUCAUCCGCACCGGCGCCGGUAGUGAACGUGGUGCGCGUGGCCGUUAUAUCCGCAAUACCGUUUGAAUGUAAUUUCGUUGACGUUUUUAUAAUUUUUUUUUCUUUUUCUGAUUUCGAUCUGUACAUUGAUUUUGCGCGCGUUCCGUACGAUAAAUUAAUAAAUUAUAAUAUCACUGUCGUGCUACGAGUUUUUUUUUCGAUUUUCGUCCGGACGUUUUCCCAGACGAUAGUUAAAUAGACAAUCCGCCGUCGUCGACUUUGAUAUCUCAGUUUUCCCGAAGCCGUCGACAUUCGGACGACAAUCCUGCUCGGGAAUUUCCCUCGGUUUUUCGCCAAAGGGACAACGGUUGUUGCAUUUAAAUAUUUUUUUUUUUUGAAACAUCUCAUCGUGUGUGCGUGCGCGUUGGCGACACGCCGAGUGACCGUCGUAAACGACCGGUGGGAUUACGCGGACUAAAAUCACAUUGCCGGGUGCCGCCAAAAUGGUGAACCCGAGCACGGAAUCCAUACUAAAUCAGAUGACCAACCUGGCUAUGGACAUCGCCCUAGACUACGUGUUGCCUGCGUCGCCGAUGAGCGACGUGUGCAAGAGCGACCUGUUUGAGUUCGAACGGGACGUAGUUGUCGCGGCCGCUAGCGGUGGCCCGUCCGCCGGAAGCCUGCUCUGCAGUUUGGUGGCCGGCACCGCAGGUACGGCUGGUGGCUGUUGCGGCCGCCCGCCCACCGACCUGUGCAAGAAGAACAGUUAUAUGGGUGCGGCGGGAUGCGACUCGUGCGACGCAUGUCUGGCCAGAAACGCCGCGGCCGCUGCAGCCGCUGACCUCUACUCGCCGAGCAGUUGUACCGCUACAAGCGGCGGUCAGUGUGUGUCUGAGUCCGCAUCACCGCCAUCAUCGAGUUGCUCGUCCACGACGUCGUCGUCCGCCUCGUCCACACCGUCUCAGCAGCAGACCGCCGAGACGACGAUGGACAUCAGUUGGUGCCAGUUCGAUGGGUGCGAGUUCGACACGGCCGACAACAGUUACCUGGACAUUUGCGAUUGGAUAUUCUACGCCGAUCGGUAUGCGCUCACUGACGAGAACCGCGAGAAAGUUCAGAAAGCGUUCCAGAUGGUGCCACCCGGCGAGGUGACCGGUUACGUAGCCGAACCGGCAGCCAAGCACGUCAAGAGGAACAACAACGCUACGGCCGACGGGCGGUCCCCUGUUGGUGCGACGCUGGAUGUCGGCGACUCCCCAGCCGUGGCCGCAGUAGCAGCAGCCGCCGCGGCGGCAGCGAUCGUCGGUGGCGUGACCAUCAAGUCCGAACCGGACGACGAUUACUUGUGGACCAGUGACAACCACUUGCUACCUAUCAUACUCAAGGCGGAACCCAACGCCGACAUACUUCAAAUAACCGAACUGGACCACAGUUACCUACAGACACCCACCCACCACCACGGGGGCAACAGCGGCAGUGGCUGCGGCUCGACCAGUUCGUCGACGGUCGUGUCGCCCGCCAAACACCACCCCAACCACUUGGUGGACAUGCUUGGACUUGUCACUCCACCCCCGUCUCGUUCUCAGUCUUCCGAAGAAGAAGAAAUUGACGUGGUCAAUGACAGCUGGGAUACGCCAGAUACGCCUCGCAAGGGCGCCACCAUGGCGGACAUAAUGAAACGCGGCAUCGUCAAGAAGCGCGAACCGCCCGUGACCAAGUGGAAGAGCACGGUCAAGCGGAAGCACAAGACCGCCGGGCAGUCGGCCACUGCGGCAGCCGUGGCCGCGGCAUACCCAAUGCCCCCGCCGCCGCCCAAGAAGCUGUGCGGUGGAUUGUCGCUGUUGGACCGAUACAAAAAGGACAACACCAACUGGAAGGGCAUGCCCAUCAUCAAGGAUGAACCCGUCAUCAAGGAAGAGCCCGUCAUUAAGGAAGAACCCGUGGACGACUACGGUUCGUCGGCAGGCGAUGACCGCAGUGACGACGACGAGUACGACAACCGACAGCGUCAGCGACGAAAACAGCGGCAACAACAUCAGCAACAACAAAAUGCCCUCACGACGACCAUUAAGCCGGAGCCGUUGGACGAGGAUGAAGAUCGCGAAGGCGAUGACGACGAAGACGAUGAUUACGACAUGGAUGCGGACUUCGAGUCGCUGAUGAAGAACGAACCGGACGACAUGUUCGACGACGAUUACGAUGAUUACGACGACGACCACGACAUGGACUGGGACAAAGUGUUGCGGGGCGCGUCGACGUCGAGUGGCGGCCGCAAGUCUUCCGGUGGCUCUUCGUCGUGCAGCUCAUCGUCAACAACCACGGGCGGCGGCCGCAAGAAGAAAAAGAAGAAGAAAAAGAAGACUGCCGUGUCCGGCUCAAUGAAAUCGUCAUCGACAAAGCUACAUCACCACCACCAGUCCGGCGCUGGCAAAAAAAUCAAGUACGAGAACGUCGGCGGUGGCGGUUACAGUUACAAGACCAAACUCAUGGACCCCGUCAAGAGGGCGCUGCAUAACGACCUGGAGAAGUCGCGGCGCGUCGAGACCAGCAUGCUGUUCAUGAACCUCAGCAUGCAGGUGUCGUUCCUGGACGACAACCGCAAGAUACCGUCCAAGCUGAGCAUACUGCGCGGUGCCAAGCGGGAGUGCGACCUCAUGAUGCUCGACGAGCGGCGGCUGCUGUCCGAGAAGCAUGUCAUGCAGCAGAAGCAGCGCAUGCUCCGCGAGCGGCUGUUCGAGCUCCGGCGCGAGCACUACCACCGGCGGUACGGCAAGCCAAACAAACAAACAUCAUCAUCAUCAAACCAUUUCUCACACAACCAACAACAACAACACCACCAGCAAUAGUCUUCGCGGUGAGAACGCAUCUUAUAUUUGUAAUAUUUACAUUAUUAUUCUUAUGACAUUAUCUUCUCACCCGCCAAACGAAACAAAACACAAACAAACAAACUACAAACACACACACACAUACACGCACAAACAUACGCUCGCUCGCGCCGCGCACUCUCGUACGUCUUGCGCGUCGUUUUAUUUAAUUAUUUAUUAUUUAUUUUUUUUUUAAUUUCGAAGAACGGUUGCUCAAAUAUAUUUAAACAUAUAUUAAUUUAUUAUUAUUAUCAUUAAUUUUAUAUUAUUAUUAUAAUAAUAAUAACUUUUAUUAUCGAUACGUAUUGUUUAUGUAUGUAGAGGUAGUUAGGUAGUUAGACGUGUGUGUGUGUGUGUGUGUUGGUGUUACAAUAUUAUGCUUAUGUAUAAAUAAUAUAAAUAUAUAUAUAUAUAUAAUAUGUAUAGAUGUGCGCAUGCGCAUCGUACGAGUUUAUAACAAUUGUACAUAUAGUUAGGAUAUAUAUUGUAAUAUUACGAUUCGCCCGGGACGAGUGCGCGCGCGCGAGUGUGCUUGUUUUUAUGUGGUUUUUCUAUUCAUUAUUUUUUCCGAUUGUUAAAUCACGGAAACAGAGAGCAUACUUAUUAUAUUGUUUUAUUUUUUUACAAUUGGCCGGACAUGAUAAUAAUAUAAAGGUCGCGGGAGUCGGGUAUUUUGAGCGCGUCGUCGCGGCGGCGGUAAACGAACGAUGAUUUUUAAAAGAAAAAGAAAUUGCGUCUGAAUUUAAUAUUUCGUCGCAGUUUUCUUUUUUGAAUUUCGGAGUUUUCCGCCACCUCGUGGCGCCCUCUCCUCCCUCCCUCCCCGCUCCCGCGGCACUGCUGUGUGUAGUGUUGUCAGAGCCGAUAUUCUUGUAAAUACGAAUAAUCAACAUUUAAUUUACUAUAUAAUAUUAUAUAUAAAUAUUAUUAUUAAUAAUCGCGUAACACUUAGGAUAUUUAGUUUUUUUUUUUCUCAAACGUAUAGGCCUACUGAAUACAUUUGAAAAUAUUUUAUUAUUUGAAAUCGUGAAAUACACAAGUAAACAGCCCUUUAAAAGAGAUGACGAUAUGUUCCUAUUGUACAGUUUUUUUUUUUUAAAUAUAUAUAUAUAUAUAAUAUAAUAUAAAAUAUCUAAUUGAAAACUUUUAGUUGUAUAAUAUUUUUAACGUUACCCGUAGACGUAGACAAUAUAAUAAAAUAUAGUUUUAAGUAUGAGUUAACUGUAAAGUCUACGAGGAUAUUAUUACAUGAUGCUUCCCCUCCCCCACGUUUUUUUAAUGCACAGUACAAAAUAGAUUAAGUAUGAUCUUAAAAUGUUAUAGUUGGUAGUAUUGAUAAUUAUUUUUUUCUGAUGUAGGUAUACUAUACUUGUUAGUUUUUUUUGUUACGUUUUACCUGAUUUCGUUGCAUUUCCAAGUUGUGUUUGCGCAUUUUUCCUUUAUUAUUAUUAUUUUUAUUAUUAUUAUUAUUAUUAUUAUUUCAUUUUUUAAACAUUUCUUUUUUUGUUCACUAGACGGCACCUAAUUUAAAUGCACUUGUAAAAAAUUAAAUAAAAUGUACGUAAAACAAUAUUAUUAUUAUUAUUAUUAUUAUUAUUAUUAUUAUUACUAUGAUUAUUUUUAUUACAAUUAUUAUUAUUAUUAUUAUUAUAUUAUUAUAAAAGAAAGUAAUUUAUAAAAGCGCUUAUUUGUACAUACAGAUUUAAAUUAAACAAAGAAUCCCCGUAAUCAAAUAAAAAAUGGUAAAAAGCUUUCAUAUUUUUAGAUAUAAAUACAAUGUAUGUUUUAAGUACACAUACACACUUAUUGAAAUAAUUGUUAAUUCGAUUAUUUCUAAAUUAUUAAUUAUACCAGUGGAAGUAACAGGAGUGUUCAUUAAUAUUAGGUAUUUGUUAAAGAAAAAAAAUAUUAAGUAAAUAAGUCAUAGACAUUUUUUAAAAAAUUUUCUCCUAAGAUACAAUAUUGUGAUAAGUGCUGUUUUUUAUAAAUCGUUAAGACUUUUGUUUUAGUUAUUAGGCCACGAAAAAGAAUAUGUUUGUUUUUUAUCCAAAACAACACGUUUCUGCCGUAAAAUAAACGUCCCUAAAUUUUUAAAAAACUUUUGUUUUUGGAUUUUUUUUUUAACUCUAGUCUCGAGUGCCAUCCUCGUUCAUGAUAUAUAUACACCCCUCCCUCUUUUCAUAUAUUACACACGCGAAAGAGAGAUAUA